AUGACUCGUUUGUCCCUUACCUUACUUGCGGCAGCGGCUGUCAUCCCAUUCGCCCAUGCUGACUAUUGCUGCUCCGCUCUUGCACUCACCUCCCUGAAGAGUCGGCUGCUAUACCCUGGUCAAGAUGCGUACGAGACACGGGAAGAUUCCUACUUCGAUGUGAAGCAGCAGGUCAUCACACCCAACUGCAUUGUCCAGCCCAAGACCGCAAAAGAAGUCGCCCUUGCUGUCAAGACCCUCACAGCCGCUAGUCGGCUGAAGUCAUGCAAGUUUGCGAUUCGUAGUGGUGGACACACGCCAUACGUCGGAGCCUCAAACAUUGAGGAUGGCGUAACACUUGACUUGCACUAUCUCAGCACCGUUGAGUAUGAUGCUAAGAAGGCUCUGGUCAAGGUCGGUCCUGCGGCAACAUGGAACGACGUAUACGACACUCUGGAACCACUGAACGCGAUGACGAGUGGUGGACGCUCGUCCACAGUUGGCGUCGGUGGUCUUACGCUCGGCGGUGGGAUCUCCUACUUCUCGCCGGGGCGGGGUCUGGUUUGCGACAACGUCAUCGAGUUCGAAGUCGUUCUUGCUGACGGUCGUAUCGUGACCGCGUCCAAGACUUCGCAUCCAGAUCUCUUUGCUGUCCUCAAGGGUGGCAACAACAACUUCGGCAUCGUUACUAGCUUCAAAUUCGGCACUUUCGACUACGCCGGCAUGUGGGGUGGUCUCGUCAUUUACCCAGAGUCGACCAUUCAAGAUCAUUUCAAGGCCCUCAUCAACUUCUCCAACAACAUUGACAAGGAACCGAAGGGCUCAGCUAUCGUUAUGCCGGUGUAUCAGAGCUCAGCGGGCGCCGAUUUGAUCCUGAACGCGUACGACUAUGCCGAGCCGGUAUCGAGACCCGCGGCUUACGAUGAGUUUUUGGCAAUUCCUGGCAACAUCUCGGACUCCACGGGUAUCAGGAACAUGUCAUCGCUGGCAGCGGAACUCGCGGGUGCUACUACACACAGUGUAUACUUUGGCACACUGACUUUCGCGAACGAUCUUCGUGUCAUGACCAAAGCCCAUGAGAUCUACAUGGAUGUGCUGUCCAACCUGAAGGCCAAGGCUACGGGUGACUGGCAGAUCUAUGUGCUCUACCAGCCCCUUCCGCCUUCGUACUGGAGGCAGAGCGCGUCCAAGGGCGGCAACAUGCUGGGCUUGGAGCGCUUUGGUGAGCAGGUGCUGUGCCUAUACCAACCCUACAUCUCUUGGCAAGGCGCUGAGCAAGACGCGCUCUUCCAAGCCGCAGGCGCUGACCUUGUCAACGGAAUCCGCGAGUAUGCUGAAAGCAUCGGUGCCGACAACCCAUAUCUCUACCUGAACUACGCAGACAACACACAAGAUCCCCUCGCAAGCUAUGGAUCCGCUUCUGUGAAGAAGAUGAAGGCUGCGGCAAAGGAAUAUGACCCUUCAGGUGUGUUCCAGAAGCUCGUGCCUGGUGGGUUCAAGAUCUCGAAGGUUCAGUAG